AUGAAUGUUUCUGCUUACGUUCAACUCGUUGUACAUCUGCUGGCACCCCUUUACGAGUUCUCGUCUUGCAAUAUUCAGACUAAGGUCGAUGAGCUUGACAUGACAUUUGUGAGCCGAUGGCCACUCCGUAGUUCUUUCCUCUUUGAUGCAUUUCAGCCCCACAAUGUUAAGUUCGAGGAUGCUUUCCCCUGUAUCCGGCAGAUCUAUAUCAGUCCACCCAUGUCUCAGGGCUUUCCUGAUUCAGGAAAUGCCAUCAUCUCCAAAGUGGAAAUCCGAGAUGAUAUCCACAGGCUGGAUUUGCGAAACUAA